GUCGCCUCCCGCCAGCCUUCGAGGAAGCAGGAAGCUACUGCACCAGCAAGUUGAGGAAGGAGCUCUACCCCUCCCACCCUCGCUGCUGUUAUCCCCCCCCUCCUUCAAGCAACUAACUACCCGCGAUGGUGGCCGCCCGCAAGGUGCUCAUCGUCGUCGGUGUGCUCGUGGUCAUCGGUGUGGCCAUCGGCAUCAUCGUCGGCGUCACGAGCGGUGGCGACGAUGACAGCGCCAACACCAGCAGCGGAGAGACGACCUCCAGCAGCUCCGGCUCGGGCACGGGCACGGCGUCGGGCAAGACGUCCACGUCCACCAAUGUGAGCGAGUCGGACCUGCUGACCAACACAACGGCCAGCGGCAGCGGAUCGGUCAACAAGGAGCCGUCGAGCGACCCGGAAGAAGCCAAGGCCGCCCUCACCAUGCUCGCCAUUGGUGACUGGGGCGCCACGACGGACAAGCCCGGCUCGUGCUGCAACAAGUAUCGCAAGGUGGCCAACGACUCGCUCGAGAUGAAAAUCGACUACUGGGCGCAGAUCAACAUCGCCGAGAUCCUGGCCCAGGCCGCUGGUGACAUCAAGCCCGUGCGUAUCAUUGGCCACGGUGACAACAUCUACUGGAACGGUGCCGGUCCCGACGACAUUGACUACCGCAUGGAGACCACGUUCGAGAGCGUGUACGACCAGCCGGAGCUGGAAGGCAUCCCAUGGAUCAACGUCGUGGGCAACCACGAUCUCGGCGGCUCCGAGUACAUUUGCGGCGACAAGGACUACAACUUCCGUGAGUGCGAGAGCACCGAGGAGAUGCUCAAGUACCUGAACCUCAAGUUCUCGCUGCAGCAGGAGUACAAGAGCGCCAACAGCGACCGUUGGAAACUCUCGGACCACUACUACGUCGAGAGCGUCGAGGAGAACGGCGUGUCGGUCGACAUCUUCAACAUUGACACCAACUUCGCCGACUCGCACGGCGUCAUGCAGAUCUGCUGCCAGUGCUACGGCUACGUGAAGAAGAAAAAACUGAGCGAGAAGGAGGCCAAGGCUCUAGGCAACACGUGCAACGACCGCAUCCCCGGUGACGAGCUCUGCGCUGGUGGUGACACUGAGAUGUACAAUGCCUGCGCCGACACCAUCAAGCAGUGGUGGGACGACUCGCUUGAGCAGGUCAAGAAGGACCUGGCGGCCUCGACCGCCACUUGGAAGAUCAUCAACUCGCACUACUCGCCGCACUUCCACAUGAGUGAGGACAAGAUGAAGGAGUGGUUCAUGAUCACCAAGGAGGGCGGCGCCCACGUCUGGUUCAACGGCCACACGCACGGCUUCAACCACGACAUCAGCAACUGGGGCACUCACUUCUACGAGAACGGUGGCGGCGGUGGUAUCCAGUCCGAGACGUCGGGCAUGCCCCCUGAGGUGGCCGAGAAGUAUGUCGAGCACGCGUGGAUUGCCGCCGGCAACCCGUACGGCUUCUUUAUGCUGCACUUCUCGGAGGACUGGCUCAAGACCGAGUUCGUCACCUUCGACGACAAGUGGACGUUCAGCGUCAAGAAGGACGAGAUCGUUAAGGGCGGCUAUCAGAAGGGUCACUGCUGGCACGUGCCGGUGACUGUCGGCGCUGGCAAGGAGUGCACCAGCAGCAAGAGCACAGUCUAAACUCUGUAACCUCUUCAUCAGCGCGUGCAACCCAGCUCGGCGCUUUUAGUGUUUGUAGAGAACUUCUUAGUGACCGACAACCGUCGUUCACUGUUUUGCCCAGCAAUCCAUCGAAUCAAUAUCAUUGCUA